AUGAACGCUCAAUUCUGGAGUUAUCACCAUGUAAAGGGUGAGGCGCCGGACCUUGUAUUUGGAGUAGCUGUGAUGGAAGAAGAAGAAGCUGUACCUAGUGCUGUUGCGGAUGGCAAUGAGUGUACCGAAGAUCCAGUGGUUUUGCUAACAAUAGUAUCGACUGAUGAGAAGCCAACGACUUCGAAAGAAGUCCCUGAGUCCCCGCCAGCUGAUGAAGAAAAUCCUCGCCGACGCCGGCAAUGCAAUUUGAAGCUUUCGGGACAGUUAUUUUAUGGAGUGGUUGAGGCCAGUAAAAGGGGUAUUCAUCCUGUCAUAAGGUACCCAAUUCCUGAUACUGAUACAUGUUAUGCUUUUGAGCAUGUGCAGAAUGGAUGUGAGUUUAUCGGAGAUCCUGCGGAACUUCCGCAUGUGUGCACUCCAUUGAAGAAUGCAGAGGACAAGGUGACGAGGAUGGUGUACCAGUCAUGCCAAGCCAUUGCGACGGAUCCAACACUUGGUGAGAAGAAACCUAACCAGUUGUGGAAGAGUAUUGCGCAGUUCAUCGACGAUAAUGCCCCUGAUGAUGAAGCAGAACGUAAAAUGAUGUUGAAACACUUUUACAAGAGUGGUUAUAAGUGCAGACGAAGAUCGAUUGCUAGGGCAGCCGCGAAGGCUCCACGACCGCAAGAUACAGAAGAAAAGGGACCACAGAAACGCCCAGUACCAAAAGCAUGGAGUUUAAGGAUGAAAAGAUGCUCUUUCUGA